AUGGCGCGGAAGAAAACAAAGCGCUCGAGAAAGGCUGUUUCUGCUACGGAUGCCAGUGGAACACUUGCGGUUGUCAAAGCCUCGCGAAAGACGGACAUGUUGAAUAUGCCUGUGGAUAUCAUGCACGAGAUCCUUCUAUACCUUUACCCGCGCGAUUUACUCAGUCUCUCGAGGACAUCGAAGACAACCCAUUCGUUCCUGGUGAGAAAGAGCUCCGUGCUGUACUGGAGAGAGGCCCUGAAGAAGAUCGACGGCCUCCCUCCAUGUCCAGACAGCCUCAUUGAGCCUGCGUGGGCCGCUCUAUGGUGGACGCCCUUCUGCACAGUGAGUUGGUCCGUGUUUGCGAGUGGCUGCAUCGUUUGUCUGACCCCUAUUUGGAAUCUGAUUUCCCGACUGCAGGUCUGCGGAAAGGGCUCAAUACGUACGAUCUAUUGGGAAUUCCUGAUGAGGAUGUGCAGUUCCUGCAAGUCUCAGCUGUAA